AUGGCCGCACGACCGAGCCUGUUCACCAGAGGGCUCUCCUCGCUCUCCCAGACCACCGAUCCGAACUCACCCAACGUCAGCUCGCCCGCCGAGCAGCGCGACGAUGCGAAGCGGAACUUGUUCAAGUCUAUGCGCCCACUGCCGACCCAGCACUACUGGGACAUCUACUUUGACAGGCAAGCCAGGGACCAGAAGCAACCCGACGACGGCACCUACCAAGUCGCGCUAGAGCAGCUGGGCACCCGUGUCGAGUCGGUCCAAGACUUCUGGCGAUACAGCAACAACACCCCCGUCGACCAGAUCAAGAUGCGCGAGUCCAUAUACCUAUUCAAGAGCGGGUUCAAGCCCGUCUGGGAGGACCGUCGUAACAUCCAGGGAGGCAGCUGGACCUUCCGCGUCCCCAAGAGCUCCGGCCCGGACUUCUGGACGCGGAUUCAGCUGAUGGCCAUUGGCGAGAAGCUGCAGGAGUCACUGGCUGAAGGGGACCAAAUCUGCGGCGUUGGCCUCUCGGUGCGCUUCAACUCACACCUGAUCUCUAUCUGGCACCGAGAUGCGUCAAAGCAGAAAUCCAUCGACGGUAUGUUGCAGGCCGUGUUGGACGAGCUGCCAGUCGAGCUGCGGCCAAAGCCCGACAACUACUUCUAUAAGAAGCACUCAGACCACGCCGGCUUCAAGGCACCACCGGAGCUCCAAGUCGUCUUGGAUUCUCAAAAGAGGGCGCAAGAAGCUGCCACGGCACAGAAUGCCAAUGUGACGGUUGCGCCUCCAGAGUAA